GUCGGUGUGGGGUAGAAUGGCCGCUGCUGCCGUCACCCGCGGGACCCCGGGAGCACAGACUCCCCCUCCCCCCGGCCCCUCAGGCCGGGGGUGACUGUGCCCCCUGAAGCCCUCACCAUGAAUUCCAAGGACAUCACUGAGGUUGCUGAGAACAGCCACCACCUGAAGAUCUUUCUCCCCAAGAAGCUGCUGGAGUGUCUUCCGCGCUGUCCCUUGCUGCCGCCAGAGCGGCUCCGGUGGAAUACAAACGAGGAGAUUGCCUCCUACUUGAUCACCUUUGAGAAGCAUGAUGAGUGGCUAUCCUGUGCCCCAAAGACAAGGCCUCAGAAUGGCUCCAUCAUCCUCUACAACCGCAAGAAGGUGAAAUACCGGAAGGACGGUUACCUCUGGAAGAAGCGGAAGGAUGGGAAGACCACCCGAGAGGACCACAUGAAGCUGAAGGUCCAGGGCAUGGAGCCUGUCUCCUGGCAGUGUCUCUAUGGCUGCUACGUUCACUCUUCCAUCGUCCCUACAUUCCAUCGGCGUUGCUACUGGCUGCUCCAGAACCCUGACAUCGUCCUUGUGCACUACCUGAACGUUCCGGCCCUGGAAGAUUGUGGAAAGGGCUGCAGCCCGAUCUUCUGUUCCAUCAGCAGCGACCGGCGGGAGUGGCUCAAGUGGUCUCGGGAGGAGCUGUUGGGGCAGCUGAAGCCCAUGUUUCAUGGCAUCAAAUGGAGCUGCGGGAAUGGGACCGAGGAGUUCUCGGUGGAACACCUGGUGCAGCAGAUCCUGGACACACACCCAACCAAGCCCGCACCCCGCACCCACGCCUGUCUCUGCAGUGGGGGCCUGGGUUCUGGGAGCCUUACCCAUAAAUGCAGCAGCACGAAGCACCGCAUCAUCUCCCCCAAAGUGGAGCCCCAAGCGCUGACCCUGACCCCUAUUCCCCAUCCCCCCGAACCCCCCCCACUGAUAGCCCCACUGCCCCCAGAGCUCCCCAAGGCACAUACUUCGCCAUCUUCCUCCUCUUCCUCCUCCUCUGGCUUCGCCGAACCCAUAGAGGUCAGGCCUAGUCCGCCCACCACCCGAGGUUCCUCCAGAGGUGGCACUGCCAUCCUGCUGCUGACGGGACUGGAGCAGCGGGCGGGAGGCUUGACACCCACCCGGCACCUGGCUCCCCAGGCUGAUCCCAGGCCCUCCAUGAGCCUGGCUGUGGUGGUAGGCUCUGAGCCCUCUGCCCUACCAGCGCCUCCCAGCCCUGCCUUUGAUCCUGACCGGUUCCUCAACAGCCCCCAGAGGGGCCAGACGUAUGGAGGUGGGCAGGGAGUGAGCCCAGACUUCCCCGAGGCAGAGGCCGCCCUCGCCCCGUGCCCUGCCCUAGAGCCUGCGGCUGCCCUGGAGCCACAGGCGGCCGCUCGGGGCCUUCUUCAGUCCACAGGAGUCGGUGGGAAACGAGGAAACUGCUUCUUCAUCCAAGAUGAUGACGUUGGGGAGGAAUUCAAGGCCCAGGGGACUGCCUCACGGGCACCUUCUCCCCCUUCUUCACCCCCGCCCUCCCCUGCCCCCCUCGAGCCCUCGAGCAGGGCCGGCCGAGGAGACGCCUUGUUUGGAGGCCCGGGUGGGCCCAGCGAGCUGGAGCCCUUCAGCCUCGCCCCCUUCCCAGACCUCAUGGGAGAACUCAUCAGCGAGGAGGCCCCGAGCAUCCCCACCCCGGCCCUGAGCGCCAUCACAGACUUCUCCCCAGAGUGGUCCUACCCAGAGGGUGGGGUCAAGGUGCUCAUCACGGGUCCGUGGACUGAGGCCACCGAGCAUUACUCCUGUGUCUUUGAUCACAUUGCAGUGCCAGCCUCUCUCGUCCAGCCCGGUGUCUUACGCUGCUACUGCCCGGCCCACGAGGUAGGGCUGGUGUCCUUGCAGGUGUCAGGGCGGGAGGGGCCCCUUUCUGCCUCCGUGCUUUUUGAAUACCGCGCCCGCCGGUUCCUGUCGCUGCCCAGCACUCAGCUUGACUGGCUGUCCCUGGACGACAACCAGUUUCGCAUGUCCAUCCUGGAGCGGCUGGAGCAGAUGGAGAAGCGGAUGGCCGAGAUCGUGGCAGCCGGACAGGUGCCUUGCCAGGGUCCCGACACUCCUCCAAUCCAGGAUGAAGGCCAGGGGCCCGGGUUCGAGGCCCGGGUGGUCGUCUUGGUAGAGAGCAUGAUCCCACGCUCCACUUGGAGGGGUCCUGAACGCCUGGCCCAUGGAAGCCCCUUCCGGGGCAUGAGCCUUCUGCACCUGGCUGCUGCCCAAGGCUAUGCCCGCCUCAUUGAGACCCUGAGCCAGUGGCGGAGUGUGGAGACCGGAAGCUUGGACUUGGAGCAAGAGGUUGACCCGCUCAACGUGGAUCAUUUCUCCUGUACUCCUCUGAUGUGGGCUUGUGCCCUGGGACACCUGGAAGCUGCGGUGCUCCUCUUCCGUUGGAACCGCCAGGCGCUGAGCAUUCCUGACUCGCUGGGCCGCCUGCCCCUCUCCGUGGCACACUCCCGGGGUCAUGUACGCCUGGCCCGCUGCCUUGAGGAACUGCAGAGACAAGAGGCUUCCACCGAGCCCCCGAUUGCCCUGUCACCACCCUCCUCCAGCCCGGACACUGGUCUGAGCAGCGUCUCCUCGCCCUCGGAGUUGUCAGAUGGCACCUUCUCGGUCACAUCGGCCUAUUCCAGUGCCCCAGAUGGCAGUCCUCCCCCUGCCCCUCUGCCAGCCUCUGAGACGAUGAUGGAGGAGAUGGCCCCAGGCCAGCUAUCCUCUGGUGCCCCAGAGGGCCCCCUCCUCCUCAUGGACUUUGAGGCCACCAACCUCAAAGGGCCCCGGCCCUCCCAUGGUCCUUCCCCAUCAGCCCCGGAGGAGGGGGCUGCCCCAGAGGAAGUGGACAGCCUGCCCACCGUUGAUGUGAUCCCGGUGGACAUGAUCUCACUGGCCAAGCAGAUCAUCGAAGCCACACCAGAGCGGAUUAAACAGGAGGGCUUUGUGGGGCUGCCAGAAACCAAAGCCCCACUUCGGGAGCGGACAGGGGCCAUGGGACUUAGUGAGACCAUGUCCUGGCUGGCCAGCUACCUGGAGAACGUGGACCAUUUCCCCAACUCAGCCCCUCCUAGCGAGCUGCCCUUUGAACGGGGCCGCCUGGCUAUCCCUCCCGCACCUUCCUGGGCAGAGUUUCUCUCCGCGUCUGCCAGCGGCAAGAUGGAGAGUGACUUUGCCCUGCUGACGCUGUCGGAUCACGAGCAGCGGGAGCUGUACGAGGCUGCCCGAGUCAUCCAGACAGCCUUCCGGAAAUACAAGGGCCGGCGGCUGAAGGAGCAGCAGGAGGUGGCAGCCGCUGUGAUACAGCGCUGUUACAGGAAGUACAAGCAGCUGACCUGGAUUGCACUUAAGUUUGCCCUCUACAAGAAGAUGACCCAGGCAGCCAUCCUGAUCCAGAGCAAGUUUCGCAGCUACUAUGAACAAAAGCGGUUCCAGCAGAGCCGCAGGGCUGCCGUGCUCAUCCAGCAGCACUACCGCUCCUACCGCCGCCGGCCCGCGGGUGCCCUGCCUGCCAGGAGCAAAGGCACCUUUCUCACUAAGAAGCAGGACCAGGCAGCACGGAAGAUCAUGCGAUUCCUGCGACGCUGCAGACACAGGAUGAGGGAACUGAAGCAGCGCCAGGAGCUGGAAGGACUUCCCCAACCCGGAUUAGCCACCUGACCACCCCAGGGCGCUUCUUGCAGUCUUAACCAGGGAGGGCCUCCCGGAGGAGGGGGAGCCCCCCCAAGUCGGCAGCUUUGCCCCCUUCACCUUUGUGGGAGCCCUUCCUGGGUCCCCACCCUGGUCCCCUCUCCCAAGUGCUGAACGCCCGCCCCCCCACGCCCUCCUCACACCCUGGUCGUACCUCUCGAUCACCCCCACCUCCCCACCCUGGCUCCAGAAGACCUGGGCCCCACAUACCUGCAUCUUCAGCUGUGACCUACGGAGCCCUGCCUGCCCCUUCCCCGCCCCUCCCUGCCUGCUCCCCGGACUCGGCCCCCUCCUGACUUGCCUUAUUUAUUAUUUGUUCGACUCGUCUCUGAAUGUAUCAGCCACAGCCCCCACCUGCCUUCGCUGCGGGCGCCCCUCGGGUCGCGAGGCUGCCCAUGCCCCCACCUGGCUCCGCAUGUUGGCGUCCGUUCCCGUCCUGCCCCUGUCUCCCAUCACCCAACUCUGGCCACCAACCUCGGGGAGCCCCCAGGGUAAGGGGGCUGUACAGGAACGCGUUGCGGAGCCCGCCCCACCCCGAAGGGGACGGGGCUUGUACAUAAUGUACCAUACAGAGUAUAGUGAAGAAUCUAUUUAAGGCGCCGCGGGGAGGCCGCACGGCCAGGCUCGCGGUUCCCCGGCGCGGCGAGGGCCUCCUGCUGGCUCCACCAGCACUUUGUACGUGUGCAUGGGCUUGGUUUAUACGAAUUGCCAUUAAACAUCACUGCACCA